AUGAAUCCGUCGGCCCCGCCAGCUCCCAAAUCCAUCUUGCGCGGGCACAAAUCCCAAGUCCACGCCUCCGUUUUCCUCGACCAUGACACCACGCGCCUGCUCACCGGCGACGCAGACGGCUUCGUCGUCCUGUGGGAUCUGACGAUUCUCCGCCCGCGAGCUGUAUGGCGAGCCCACGAGAGCGCCAUCCUUGGCGUCCGAGGCUGGGGCACAGACAAGAUCAUCACACAUGGCCGAGACCACAAACUCAUUGUGUGGAAGCUCGCGCGCGAGGAUGAAGGCAACAUGAGCACGGCACUGCCGCUUGAGGAAGGCGUGCAAAGACCCCAGCCAUGGAUACUCCAUCUCCUCGAGGUGAAUACCAUGAACUUUUGCGCCUUUGCAAGCUGUCCCGCCGUGCCAACUACCUCGGGUCCUUCCAUAUCUUCUGUCGACGAGACUCUCAUUGCCGUUCCGAACACCAUUCUCUCUGAUGCCAUCGACAUCUGGUCUCUCCCAUGCCAGCAACGUAUCCACACCGUUCAAGGCUCCAAAGACGCCGGCAUGACAAUGGCCCUCUCCCUGUUUCACCUCUCCAACACACUCACUCUCAUCGCCGCUUUCGAAAACGGCUAUGCAUCCGUCCAUCGUCUCAUCAAUGGCGAGUGGACGACCACCUAUCGCGCCCAAGCCCACUCCCAGCCCAUUCUGUCCAUCGAUGUCCAUCCGAGUCUCGUCUUCUUCCUCACGUCGAGCGCUGACUCUGUCAUUGGCAAGCAUCCCAUUCCGGAAACGCAACAGGAGACAAUCACACAGCACCUUGAUCCGAGUCACCGCGUCGUGGAGGAAGUGCUCGACGAAGAGGACAACGCCAACCAUGUUCCCAAGACAGCGUGGAAAGAGUGGGAGUAUCCCACCCAGACAGUCAACACGAAGCACUCUGGCCAGCAGGGGCUGAGGAUUCGCUCCGACGGCCGUAUCUUUGCGACGGCGGGCUGGGACUCCGCUGUUCGCGUCUACUCGUGCAAGACCAUGAAAGAGCUCGCUGUUCUCAAGUGGCAUCAGGUCGGUUGUUAUACCGUCGCCAUGGCCAAUGUGACACCCGAUGCCAACGAGUCAAGUGAGAAGGAUGAAUCCUCUCCCUCAAAGAACGCAUCAGGUGGUGUCACCACCCUCGCCAGCACCAGCAUCAGCGUCAAGGACAGACGUAUUCACCAAGCCAAACGCACACACUGGAUGGCCGCGGGCGCCAAAGAUGGUAGAAUCAGUCUGUGGGACAUAUAUUGA